AUGUCGGAUUAUUCAUCCGAAGACGAUUUGCCCGACCUUGCGACCAUUCUCGCUCCGAGACCGCUGAUGGCGACGAGCACAAACACCGCCCUAAGAAGAUCGCCUCGAAAGCAAGCAGCGCUGGAAUCGGAUAUAUCACGCUCACCAGAGAAGAGACAACGAGGUGUUCCCAGUCCUCAAAAGCAAACCAAGCCAAGCGUGAGGCAGAAUGUCCAGGAGCAUCGAUCCCCCUCAAAGCCAGCAAUGGCGAUGAAAUCGCAGUCGUCCACUGUUAUACACAACAUUCCUCACCUGCCUCACCAUUCAACCUUUCCCAGUACCAGUACCAGUACCAUGUUGACCUCCAACAAUCGCCGAUCACCUGUCAGUGGCCAGCACGGUCUGAAAGUCUCUCAAGCGGACUCCCUCCUUCUUCCGCUGAAGAAUAUGGUAUUGGAGGACGGAAGUACAAGAACCGGGAAUGGUCGUCCAAUACCAGAAGCAGAUGGACUCGCGAUGAGAAAAUGGAAUAAAUCGCUGUUGUCUGUAAAUGAGAAAUCAUCAGGACGCACUUCAAAAACCCGAACAGUCCCGCGCAGAGAGCAGCAGCCUGGGCGAGCCUAUGCCAGCAGGUUCGUCUUGACGGAGGCCCGGUGCAACGACGACAGUGGUGACUCGAUGGGUGAAGAAGAUGAGAACGAGGAUACAGACCUGAGUGGGUUCAUCGUGGAUGAUAACGCCGAGCUUAGCUAUCAUGAGUCUUCGUCGCCAGAGUCGGAUCAGGAUACAGUAGUCUCAAGACGAGGAUUGUCCCAUAAUACGGCAUCACACAGAAGACUACAACGUGGUUCACCAACUCGAAGGCGGCUGGAUUUCGAUGUCGCCGAAGGAGAAUCAGAUUCUGAAUCAGGCAGAGAAAACAGGUCGGCCGAGAAAUUAUCCAAAGCGUUGCAACACAUGUGUCUCAAUAAUGACGGGAAAGAUGAGGAAAGGAAAAGAGAGAUUGAGGUGAUCGAUCUGACUUCAUCACCCGUUGCAACACCGGCGGUUGAUCUCAACACACGACCCGGACAUGAACCUGAAUCAGAACAAGAUGAGAAGCCCAGUUCUCCCAAGAGAUUACCUCGUAAUUCAACCCCGUUCGAGGACCUCGACACGUUCCUGAAGCUCAAUCCUCCUCUUUCGAAGCCGUCACUGCUGUUACCUCCAAAAGUCAUGCCUGUCCAGAGUACCGUUGAGACAGGUGGUGAAGAAGGCAAAGGUCAAAAAAGAUCGGGUGGUGUAGAUGAGCCCGGCGCCGAGUUCAAGACACCGCCCACCACACCACCCCGAUCACCAAGCAAGCUCAAGUCUCCGUCCAAGCUGUUGUCUCCUUCCAAGCGACAAACCGUCCCGCAGUCACCUCACCGGCAAAGCAUGGAUGCGUUCUGGGACCAUAACGUGGUCAAUGAGUGGAACGACACGUUCUCACCAAAAAAGGCCCCAGCAACGUCUCCCAGCAAAAGACUGUUUGCUCCGUUCACAAUCUUUUCAGAUUUAGAUUCGGAUUCAAACUCGGAUCCAGAAGAAGAGCGAGAGAGUCAGGGAGAGCGAGACCACAAGACUUACGAAAGCUUCGAAUCCCUUCCAAGCCCAUGUUUCUCGUCAUCGUCACCCGGCAAAACGAGAGCACGAUCGAAGUCGCCGUCCAAAACCAGUCCCGAGAAGGAAGAAAAGAAGCGUCUACUGGAGGAGAAACGAGCCGCCGCGGCCCGAAAGAAAGAGUUUGACGCACGCAAGGGACAGAUGGCCAUGGAUCUGCUGCGAGAACUUGACACGCACGUGGCCGGUUCCAGACUAGCCGAGCUAUCCUCCAGCACGGGCGGAGUCAAGAUCAUCUGGUCCAAGACGCUGCGCUCCACGGCCGGCCGAGCCAACUGGAAACGAACGGUGACCAAGACAUCCGGAUCACCUGUCAAGGGAGCAGAAGACGAGAAUCGAGCAGCGGCCGGCCCGGGAGUCCAGAUCCAACAUUUCGCAAGCAUCGAACUCGCCGAGAAGAUCAUCGACCGCGACGAGCGGCUCGUCAACACCCUCGCCCACGAGUUCUGUCACCUGGCCAACUUCAUGGUCAGCAACGUGCGCGACCAGCCGCACGGCCCGUCGUUCAAGCAGUGGGCGGCCAGAGUCACUUCCCAUCUGCGCCAGAGUACCGGAGUGCCGGUGUGGCGCCAGGUCCAGGUCACCACGAAACACAGCUACACUAUCGACCAUAAGUAUCUGUGGGUCUGUGCGGGCAGGGACCGAACCCCGGUCAUGGAUUUCCUCAAUCUGAGCCCCGGUGCUGUUGGUGUCGGGGCGGGCUGUGGCGCCGAGUACGGCAGGCAUAGUCGCAGCAUCGAUCCGGACAAACAUCGCUGCGGGAAGUGUAAGGGGAAGUUGGUCCAGGUCAGGCCCAAGCCUAGAGCCACUGUGGCGGCGGGGGCGAGGACGAGCCCGAGGAAGAAGUCGAGGAUUGAGUUUGGUGUCCAUAAGUCAAGCAGAGAGGGGAGUGUCGAGAGUUCUGGGUCUGGGUCUGGGUCUGUGUUUGGAUCUGGAGCUCGGUCAAUGUCUGGUUCAGGAUCAGGAUCAGGAUCACGAUCUGCUUCGACUUCUGGCUCGACAUUUGGGUCACGCUCUGUUUCAGAAACAGGAUCACGCAGUUCGAGUGGUAGCAGCACUGGACCUGUUUCGGGCUCAAUGAUCGAAACCGUCGAGUUGAGUGACUGA